AUGUUGCAGCAAAGCACUGAAGUUAUCAGGGACAGAUUGCUUGUAGAUUGCAUUUCAAUACCAUCAACUCCCAGUCUAAAAGCUGAAGUGUCGCACCAAAAUGGUGUAUGUUUUCGUGCAAAAUCGGAUACCAAUGAACUACAAGCUUCUCACCCCUCAAUCAGCCUUGCUUUCCCAAAUGGAGACAGCAACCGCAAUUUUGCGAACCGAACUGAUUUAAGAAGGGGCCCCAAUCAAAGUCCCGUUCAGGAUUGCUCAUCGUUAAUGCGUGGCCAUGAUGCUGAGAUUGGAGAGUUGAAAUAG